GCGAUCAGCUGGAGGGGCAGCUCAGAAACAUCCUCUAUCAACGAAUCUGUCACCAGAAGCUCUAGUUAUUUAAGUGAUAACCAGUUCGAGCUUUUGUUCAGUGUUAUCUCAAUCAAACAGAUUUUUACUCUAAAUCCUUGAGUGUGCUCAGUCUUCUCUCCUCCACACCCGAACCCCCAUCAUCAAUCCAGAUCCAAAGCAUCCACCCGACAUCACCACACCCAACACAAUGGCCGACCUCCACGGAAUCAUGGUGGCGCUGAUCACCCCCUUCACCGACGACCAGACGGCCAUCGACGCCCCGCGCCUGCAAGCCCUGAUCGACCGCCUCAUCCAAGCCGGUGUGCACGGCCUUGUCCCCGGCGGCAGCACCGGCGAAUUCACGGCCAUGACCAUCCCCGAACGCAAGCAACUGACCGAGCUCGUCGUCAAAUACACCGACGGCCGCGUGCCCGUCAUCGCAGGCACGGGGGGCCUCACCACCCGGGAGACGCUCGAGCUCUCGAUCCACGCGGCCCAGGCCGGCGCCUCCGCACUAAUGGUCGUACCCCCCUUCUACGACGCAGUCAGCCUAACCGAACUCAAAACCCUGAUGACCGAAAUCACGCAAGCGACGCAGCUGCCCAUCGUCUACUACAACAUCCCCUCCGCCACGGGCCUAAAACUGACGCCCACCGAGCUGGCCAGUCUGUCGGAGGUGGGUGUACGCUACCUGAAGGACACGUCGGGCGACGCGCCCGCGCUCACGGAGAUGCUGUUCGGCUUGUCGGACAAGAUCACCGCGUUCAACGGCUGGGACACGCUGACGUUCUACGGGCUGGCGGCGGGCGCGCGCGGCGGGGUCUGGGGCGCGGCCAACAUCAUCCCCGAGCUGGCGGUCGAGCUGUGGGAGGCGGUCGCGGUGCGCGGGGACCUGGCCAAGGGCCGCGAGCUGUGGGCCAAGGCCUGGCCGGUCUGCAAGUUCCUCGAGUCGCAUAACUAUGCCGCCGCCGUGAAGACGGGGCUCGAGUUGACGGGCACCCCCACCGGGGGCGUGCGCAAGCCGUUUCACAUGCUGGGGACGGAGGCGCAGGAGGAGUUUAGGGUGUUGAUUCAGGGUGCGGGGGUGAAGACCGUUUAGCUUUCUGUAUUCAAGAUAAAUUUAGCGGGUCUUACGCACACGUCAAUCCGAUGUUCUUACUUUGAUGCUCUUGCUGCUUGGUUGUAGCAGGUACAGUACAGUACACUGGUAAGCUCAAGGUCUGGAUGGGGCCGAAGGGGGUUUGCAUUUCGUCAUUUUUAGCAGUACUCUUC